AUGCAGGCGCAGGGAGAAGAGCUGGGAGGGAAAAUUGAAGGAGGUGGGAGAUGCAUUGGGUCUAAAAUUGGUGGGAUUUCCUUUGGUUUUUCUUCGUUUUAUUUUAUUCCCUUUGUUUCUGCAACACGCGUCCGAUUUUUCUCUCUCUUUGAUUUGGAAGCAAAAGCUGAAUCCCCCUUCAUUGAUUCAACAACUAAGUCAAUGCUCCUAACUGCUUUCUUCUCCUCUUUGGAUCUGAAUCUCUUCUCUUUCACUGGAAGAAAAGUGUUGGUUGAUUUGGUGUUUGGAGUGUUUGUAGUUUUGUCGUGUAACCUGACAUUAGAAAAUGCUUUGGAUAAACAGAAUAUGCCUCGAGACGGUCUGAGGUCAAUUGUUUACAGAUCGUUUGUUAUGUGUGAUGAUCCGAAGGGAGUCGUUGAGUCCGCGAAGAAGAUGGAGCACAAGAACAAAGGUCGAGUAUCGAGUAAGGUGGAAAGAGAAGAGACGGUGUCGAACGGUGCCAUGGAAGAACUUCUUUGCUCAUCUUCCUGUCAGCUGGUGGAGGUUUCGAGAGGGGCUCACAAGCUGAACCAGGUGAACAACUCGUGGUCGAGAGGGGGGAUUUGGUGCGAUCAGCAUUCGGAAGAUAUAGCGAAAGAUCUGUUGAAAGGAGCUCUCGAAUUGCAGGAUUCUUUACACGUGCUAGGGAAGUUGCAAGAAGCAUCUCAUCUGGCCAGGUUGAAGAAGAAAGGGAAGGAAAGAUCUGAUAAGGGGAGAAAUGAUCAAUUGAUUCGGAGAGUGAAUUCGAGUCCAAUCGGUGAGCGGAAUUCUCAGAAGGGAAUCCAGAAUUCGCACCUUUCAACCGGUGCUUCUUCAAGAGAUUGCAUCGACGAGCUUAGGGAGGUGAUUAGAGAUAGCUUAGCUAGGCAAAAUCUAUUGCCAAACAUAAAUGCUGAAGAAAAGAGAUGUUUUAGUUCAAGAUAUCCGGAUUCAGCUUCAGAUAUCCCGUCCACAAGCUUGAGUCGAUCUUCUUCUUUCCAAACCGACAACUUUACUUCCAUGGAUUCGUCUGUCUGCUCGGCAGUUGACGAGAACAAGACAAGGGGCCCGAGUUUGAUCGCAAAGCUUAUGGGACUUGAAGAAAUGCCUUCAAAAUCACUGCAGACGCAUUCUCAGAAUGUUAUGGAGAAAAACAAGACUUUCAGUCAACAAAGACCUACCUUUGAAAUUGAUACGCCGAAAGUAUGGAAGUCUCAAUUUGUUUUACGAACAGAAGAUCCGGAUAAGACGCUGAAGGAUGUCCUUGAGACCAUGCAUUUUAAAGGGCUUCUGAAAAACAACUCCAUCAAAGAGAUUAAGCCUGAUUCCUAUCAAUCAAGUGACUUCUUUUCCGGAAACAGGUUGAUUAACAACAGUCCACCUAUUGUACUCAUAAAACCUCGACGUGAUCCGCAUCUGCAACCGCAAGAGAAGUUUGAGCCAAUGUUUCCGGAGGAAAGAAGCUCAAACAUCGAAACAAUGCUCAAAAAGCCGAAAGUAAAAGAGGAUUCUCCUUCCAAAAUAUUCGAUCCGGAUAAUAGAGGUUUGAACUUCAGUAAAAUGAGCAGAAGAGUGGAAGCAAAAGAAACUCCAGUGAAGAGACUUAUCCAGCAGGAAGGUGGAAAAGACGGUCAAUAUAAUGGGACCAGACCAGUGAAAAUUAAACAAAGCCUUCCUACUAAGUUGAAAAGUUCAGGUUCUUUAACUCAGCCAUCUGCGAAGAAAGUGGCAACUGCAAAGAACAUAAACGUGAUACCAAAGCCUAUGAUAAGCAGCAGGAAACCAGUUGUCAAGGAGGUUGCAAAAGCAAAGAAUUUAUCAAGGUCUAAAGAUCAAGCCGAGGUUGUCCCUCGAAAGCCCAGUAAUCCCGAGAAUGCAUCAAAUGUUAUGAAAAAUAAAAUUUCAAGUCAACCAAGUCCAACCACAAACUCCAACUCUGUUCGCAGACCACGAAAUACGGUUCGUGCCCCCAUUGAUGUGAAAAAGAGUUCAACGAAAAACGCAGUGAGCAAGCCUACCGGAGCUAAAAUAACUACUGAAAAGUUCGAAUGCAAAGGAGAUAAGGUUGUUUCGGAAGGAAAGAAGAUUAAUAUUGUAUCAGAAAAUGAUACUGUUUUGGAAGAAAAGAGGAUUGAUAUUGCAUCAAAAGAUGAUAUUGUUUUGGAAGAAAAGAGAAUUGAUCUUGCAUCCGAAAACGAUACAGUUUUGGAUGAAAAGAGGAUUGAUCUUGCAUCAAAUGAUGGCACUGUUUUGGAAGGAUAUAGCACCAAAACCGCGGAUCAUGUUCCUACAAAAGAGGAAACAGACCACACUGAUAUUCAGAUUGAAGUAGAACAAUGCUGUGAGAGUUCUGUUUAUGAUGUUACUCCGGUUACUAUCAAUGAUCAAAACAGCAGAAAAUCUUUUCGAGACGAUGAUGAUCCCAUCACUCCGGUUACUAUCAAUGAUCAAAACAGCAGACAAUCUUUCGGAGACGACGAUGAACCCAUCACUCCUAUUGGUGCCGACAAUGAAAGCUUCAUGACAGCAACUGGUCUAAAGGCGUUGCUACUGAGCAGUCCAGCUUUUGACAACACACGACUUUCCUUGGACUGUGCGAACGAAAUUGUUCAACGAAAAAGCCAUCCCGAUUCUCAACUGAUCCACCAUCCCUGGUCAAGCCUGGUAGGAAAUGCCAAAAGGCAUGUCUCUCUAGACCAUUUGUUAAAGGAAACACGCGAAGGUGUCGAAGCUCUGAGAAGCUAUAGCGAACUCGCCGAUGAAAACUACCCCACCAAUGGCCUUUAUGCAAUGCUGGAAAGAGAUAGAAACCACAGUGAAGCUUUGAGCGGAAUAUGGGACUUGGGUUGGAAGAAAGGAUUCUCAAUGGAUGACACAAUACAAGUAGCGGAAGAUAUAGAAAAGCAACUAUUAAGAGGAAUAAUUGCAGAGAUUUGUGCAUAA